AUGGAGAAAAUAUUUGACUUUGGAGUAGACUUGCUUUUACCCAUGUUUUCCUCAACAAUCCUCAAAUCUAUAGAUAUAGUUCAAGCUCAGCAAUAACCACCCUAUUCAGAUGGCCUCUAUUAUAUGGAGAUUAGCAAGGAAUCGAAGAAUCAUACAGGAAUCUUGUUCAAGAAGAUCUUCAAUCUAAUGAUUGAUCCUGUCUUCACUAAUCUCUUUAGAUCUAAUGCAUUCUACUCUAACCCAGAUUGUUCAAAAUUUUCAAUGACUUAAAUUGAUUAGAGUUACAAGAAGUAUUCAGAAUAAAUUGAGGCUAUAUACCCAGGCUAUUUCAUUGACGAUAAUUUUCUGGUAGUAAAUAAAAAUGACUUGCAAAUAGAUCUAAAUUCCCUGAGAGAUUUUUUCCUAUCAACAGAUUUAGUUAAUUAUGAAACUUUAAAAGCAAAUUUUAUUGGGACUUAAACAAGGUUUUUGAUGCCAACUAAGGAAUUAGGGGUAACUUACACGUCAUUUCCAAGGUCAGGGAAUACAUUCCUUAGAAAGUACUUUGAAACUAUUACAGGGAUUGCGACAGGAUCUGAUAUGGUAAUGAAGUUUUCUCUGAAUGUUGCUCUGCAGUAUGCAGGAUUCAAAGGAGAAGGAAUAGUUGAUAAUAGAGUAUGGAUCAACAAGACUCAUUUUCCUUACAGACUACCCUAUGAUCACUCUUAUGAGACAGGUAUCAUUUUAUGUUGUGUGAGAAAUCCCUUAGAUGUUUUUGUCUCAUAAUUAUUACAAAUUUGCACAAUGUGCCACAACUAAGACAUUAAUGAAGACUUUACUCAAUAUCCUGAAUGGGCAUUGCAUGUCAAUUAAGAAGUAAUGAUCUGGAAAAAAUGGCACUAAUAUUGGAUUGAUAUGGCUUAAAAGCAAGAGGUUCCAAUCUUGUUCUUUAGGUUUGAAGAUUUACUGUUAGAUGCCCAGUCUACAUUAUCUGAGAUCUUCAGUUUCGCUUUAAGAGUAAAAGACAUCAAAGGAACUUUUAUUGAAUAGCGCAUUAUUGAAGUAAUCAAUAGUGGCUCAAAGGGAAACACUCUUUAUAAGCCGAGGUAAGGAGGAAUAAAUAAGAACAAGGAUAAGUAUACAGAAUCUUAGAUGAAAUACAUCAUGGAUAAUCUAGAAGAUUUACUCAACUUCUUUGGGUAUACAGAUCAUCAAGGGGUAAAAAAUGAUUUCGAAUUUUUUACAUAUGGGGAGAAUGCCAGCCAAGAAAGCAGCGAUAAAUUUGAAGGUUUCAGAAAACUAAAUGAGCAAACCUGGAAUUAUCUCAUGAAUAAUCCUGAAAAGGCAGCAUCGAGCAAGAUGACUAUCAAUUAGGGGAAAGAAGGAUUCAGUAUGAUUAAGGAAAAGAACAUAUUUCAGUUCUUUCCAGUCUUCGAAAAGUCCUCAAUAAGAAAGGCUUAAACUAAUAAGAAAAUUUAUGAUCCAUAGUAAUCUCAGAAAUAAAGCAAUCACUAGUAAAAUAUUAAAAAUCAAAAUUAAUGCUAGCAUGAAUCUGAUAUGAAGCAAUAAUGA